AUGAACUUGGUGAACUUUGUUCCAGUUGUUCCUCCUGUCUCAAAGGUCAAGAUACUCAGUGAUGGUAGAGUAAAGAUCACAAGAGAGUUACAGAUUGAUAAUACAACAAUCUUGGAAAUACCAGAUGUGACUGCUCAGAUCGACUUGUUUUCCAUAAAGGAUCAGUCGCAGAUUGCUGAACCAGAGGUGUUCAGAUUGAAUAAUAAUACAUCGACAACAGCCACUCAUUAUAUUCAAGUCGGUGAUAAUGUGGAUCUGCGUCUAAAGGAUGACAAACAGAUCACUGGCAAAGUGUUGUCCAUUAGUGUUGACAAUGGAGGAGCGUCGCUGACUGGGAUAUUCGGCCAUACCCCUCCAGCCAAUGCUCAACAACAAGCAUGUUAUGUCAUUGCCGACUCACACAAUGAAGACCUACAGAUCGUUGUCAAACAAGACUCCAUCGUACAAUACUCCUUUGUCAAGUCAUCAUCAUCCAAUCGUUUGCCAUUCAACUAUGUCAAUCCAAAGUCAACAUACAUCACCGUGAAGGGUUCAUCAAGCAGGACAGUCAGCGUGUCAUAUGUUGUUCAAACAUUGUCCAAGUUCACAAUCAAACAUGAGUUGGUAUCAAAGAUGAUUGAGGCCUAUCUCGCCAACAUAAAUACCAUGUCCGAGCAAGAUAUCCCUGUUCCAGAGUCAAGCCAAACAUUCCCAUUCAAUCUAAAGUCAUUCCUCUUCUGGGAGAACGUCCACAAUAUCACAUGUGACAAUGUCAAGGCCAAGUUCAUCUGGGUCGACAACAAAGGAGUUGAGACGACAUUGCUUAAGUUCAACUCGUUCAGCUCAUCACCAAGACAGAUCCAUAAGCUGCGUAUGGGUGAUCAUGACCACAUCAGUUGCAACGCACAGGCAGUAACUGUGCUGUCUGCGGAACUCCCAGACACAUCCAUUGGCUUCCUCUUCAAGAACAACUCUGGCACAACAAUCCACACUGGUCUCUGCUCUCUAAACUCCAGUCGUUCACUCUCGCUCAGUAUCCAGAGUGAGGCAGAGCACGACAAGCAGUGUGUCAUCACAUCCAGUGUCAAGUCCAGUCCCAUGAUCAUGGUCAGGGACGGCAAGUCAGAGACCACCUCCAAGGCCAACACAUUGUUCAAGUCACAAGAUGAUUACUUUUUGCGUUACUCAGUCGUGUCAUUGUACAAGGUAACUGUGAACGACUUCUCAACGAGCAGAAGUGGCAGUAGCAAUAGCAGCAGUGGCAACAACAACAACAAUGUCGGUGGAAGUCGCAUUAUACUCCUCAAGGGUCGCUCCAAACAAUUCACGUGCAAAGAAUCACCUAUGAUCGGUGGAUACAUGCAAGUCGAGCUUGAGCCCGGUCAAUUCUGCAAGCCAUUGACCAUCACUGAUAAGAAACAAAACAGUGUCUGUGGUCUCCAACAUAUCAAUCAUCUUAUCUUACAUCUCAACUCAAUCGCUGGAUACGAGGCCAUUACAAGUAUCCUCGAGUCAAAGCACAAGGAUGACACUAUCAAGGUACCAAAGGAGCUCAGGACAAAGUUGUAUUCUGAUAUCCCAUUCAUAUCAUUCUCAGCUCUCAAGAAGCAUCCGCCAACAUUCUCAUUUGGUCAACCAACUCCAGCAUUUGGAGGACUUGGUGCACCCUCAACAUUCCAACAUGGAGGAUUUGAACGCUCUCCAUUUGACGCCAGUGGCUUUGGCACUGCCUUUGGUGGCGGCGCAGGAUUUGGACCUGGCUUUGGCACUACUGGCUUUGGCGGUGGCUUUGGCCCCAGAGGAGUCAACACACUUGGCACAGAUAGAGGCGCCAACAUAUUUGGAGGCCCUAGUACCUUCUCCUUCGGAGGACAAGCAGGAGCCACCAAUACCACUACCACCAGUGGAUUUGGUAACACCCCUCUAUUCCCACCUUAUGAGACAUUAGACUCUAACAGUAGUGUGCCCUUGGCAUUAUCAUCUGUCACUGCCUGGCCAAACUUCAAUGACAAGUCAGUUGAGGAGCUAAGACAUCAGUACUACGCCACUGGCAUCAAUCCAUUUGCCAACCAUGUGCCUCAAGGUGCAUCAUCAUUCUCUGGCAACACUGGAUUCGCAUUCAAUCCAGCAUAUUCCUCUGCUACCAACGGUGGAUUCUCAUUCAAUCCAACAUCUACUACAACCUUGGGUGGUGGUCCACAACCCGCUAACUCCUCUGGAACCAGUGGAUUCUCUUUCAAUACAACGUCAUUUGGAGCACAGACAACCUCAACUCAAACUCCAAGCCUAUUUGGCACAGCUGGAGUGGUACCACCGCAAUCUUUUGGUGCCCGUAGCUCAUUGUUCGGUUCUGCUCCUACUUCAAACACAAGCUCAAGCUUGUUUGGUGGCAGUACUGCUCCCCCCGCCCCCUCAGGCACCGGACCAUUUGGAUCAUCUUCAACCUCACCAAACACUGGAUCAGGCUUGUUUGGCGCCUCCUCUACCGUCUCGUCAAACACUGGUUCGGGCUUGUUUGGCACAUCAGCCACAACAAGCCUGUUUGGCGGCUCAGCCCCAGCUUCAUCAAAAACAAGCUUAUUUGGAGAUCCAGCUCCCACAUCCUCAAACACUGGAUUAAGCCUGGGUGGCACAUCAGUCCCAGCUUCAUUAAGCACUGGAUCAGGUUUGUUUGGCACCUCAGCCCUAGCAUCAUCAAACAAAACAAGCUUGUUUGGAGGUCCAGCUCCCACUUCAUCAAACACUGGAUUAAACUUGUUUGGCGCAGCAGUCCCAGCUUCAUCAAGCACUGCUGGAUUAAGCUUGUUCGGCACAACAGUCCCAGCUUCAUCAAGCACUGCUGGAUUAAGCUUGUCUGGCACAUCAGUCCCAGCUUCCACAUCAUCAAACACUGGAUUAAGCUUGUCUGGCACAACAGUCCCAGCUUCAUCAAGCACUGCUGGAUUAAGCUUGUUUGGUACCUCACCAGCAUCCAAAGGCAAUACACUAGGCUCUCUAUUUGUUUCAUCGAGUGAUGAAGUCAAACUAACCGAUGAGAGGAUUCCUGAAUCAAAUAUUUCUCCUCAACCACCAAAAGUAAAGAAGGCGCCAGCUGUUGAACAAGAGUCAUCACCAUCAACAAAGCCAUUGACUUUAGUUGGAGAACAACCACCAACUUCCCCCAAGACAGUGCCAUCCUAUAGUGCACCUACAUUUGGGUCAACAACAGCCUUUGGUGGCACACAAAAAUCAGUCUUUGGUGGCACCAAGGCAGCCAUACCGCCAACAACUCCGUCAUCAAUAUUUGGUAGUGCCUCAAAGGCAACCUUUGGUGCCAACCUACCAUCGGGAUUUGUUUUCAACCCAACAUCAUCAAUAACGAUACCACCAGAAAUACUCUCUACUUCUUCUUCUAGAACUGCUCCAACUCUUGCUGAAAAGUGGAAGUGUCCCUGCUGCGAAAAUAUUAACAACGAUACCAGCAGACUAUGUGAUUUAUGUCAGAUCCCCAGGAAGACGUUGAAUCCAGCUAAAUAG